GAGAAGCGAGUAUACGAGUACACCGGUCUGCCAGUAUGCCAGGUGCGUUCACUUCAAACACAAACGACAAAGAAUCCUUGUCAUUUGCUACCUACCGACCUCGAUUCCCAUACGCCCAUACACUUGCAAGCUAUCGUCUGAAGCUCUCUGCACCCGUGGGUAUGCGUGCAGGAAGGGAGUGGAAGGCAGGACAUACUAUGGACGGAGUAAGAUGUAAGAUAGAGGCUCGAGGGUUGGAGUCUUGGCUGAUAGAGAUGCAAGGUAUCGUACAUACCAAGAAAGCCAGAGAAAAGCCCUUGUCUGCAAGUCUGCAAGCCAAAAAGUGGAAAAAUGCACAGAUGCCAGCAUGAAAGAGCUCCACAUCUAUUUCUAUUGUAUCACUCGACAAGGUUCAUGAUUGUUUUUCUCUUCUCUUGUUUGAUAACUACGUUACUAGGUACCAUGUACUACCUACUAGCUACUCCUCCACAUUGAGCUAGUAUGGUAUCUUCAGGGUCCAGCUUAAUUCACCAAGGCUUGUUUAUUGCUCCCAUGCGGAUUUAUCUGAUUCUCAAUCGAGUCAAUUCACCUCGAUUUCUAUAAGAUAUCUUUUUCUCCCUCACCUUUGGCAAUUGAUCAACAGCUUCCAUUCGAUCUCUAUAUCAAAGAUAUUCACUUAAUACCCCUAUAUACAACCUUGAUACCCGUAUUCCAAUUGACAAUACUCAAUUGGUGCUUCCGAAACAUCUACGACAGCUUCAAAUUUGGAGGUCACAUAUAAAAUAGAACCUUUCCCACCUUCAACUUGGUCUCUACUUCGUCUCCAUUAGCUCCCUCGAUAACCUCAAUCUAUACCUCGAGUUUAACAAAAGUGGUUUCGACCAUUACUUUAAUAUCGAAUCAAUAUCCAACCUUCAAUCUAUAACACAAUCUUUCACACCAACGACAUUAUGCACUCCAUCAGCAGUCUCGUUCUCCUCUUGGCUUCGGCCGUUGCAGCUGUUCCAAUCAGCACUGUUCAAGCCCUUACUUCAAGUAAACAUACUUGUGCAACACCAUUACUACCUACUACUGGAGCUGCAUCUGCUCUCCCAUUGCCAACUGGCACCCUCGCCUAUGUUGCUCUCGGUCGUGGUAUCCAAAAUUAUACCUGCUCCGCCGUUGGUGCUACUCCAGUGGCUCUUGGUGCAGUCGCUAACCUUUACGAUGCAACCGAAUACGCCAAGUGUGCCAGUACCGCAUUCAAUAAUCUCCCAGGUAUCGCUGUCUAUACCAAUCUUCCAGCUAUUAGUAGCGCUAGCUUCAUGAGUCUCAAGCCUCUGGGCAAGCACUUCUUCGAUGCUAGUGGAACUCCAACAUUUGACCUCUCAUCUGUCAGCAAGAUCUUGUACGCUGCCAAGACUGGUGACAUAUCUCCUCCCAUCAAUUCCAUCCCAGGACCUGCCAAUACCGGCGCCGUUGAUUGGUUAUCCUUAACUGCCAAAUCCACAUACGUAUCCAUUGGUCUCACAACAGUCUACCGCGUCGAAACUGCCGGUGGUAAUUCCAUCAACCCUUGCACAACAGCAGGUGUGCAGAGUGUCCAGUAUGCCGCUCAAUACUGGUUUUACAGUUGACUCCCUGACAAUACCACCGACCCUUCAGACGAUGAUGACGUAUGUGAUAAUUCUGAUGAGUAAUGGGUCGAAUCCUCAGAAAAGAAUAUCAUUUUCUUUAUGGUUUUCAAUGAUGCAUGGCUGGAUGGAUGGACGGAUGGAUAAAGGCAAACCUUACAGAACAAAUGCAUAUAUAGAAUAUGCUUUUGAAAUGGUAAACGGUUAACAGCUGAAGGGCACACAAAAUGCAAUACCUUGGUAGGACAUGCAUUAAUAUGUACAUACACUUCUUUUCUCCACAGAGCACAAGAGUACUUUCUUGCUUGCAGAACUCUCGUUUUAUAAUUCAAAUAAGCUAGCUAUAUUACCUUAAAUUAUCUUUGUGAA